AUGUCAUUCACUACUGAAGAUUUACAGAAGUAUGUUGGACAAAAUGUUCGGGAUGUGAAACAAGAAUUAGAAAGUGAAGGCUGCGAAGUUCAUCUAAUUUGUACAGGUCGCUUUGCAACAGGUUGUGUACCACCAAGACAACUCGUCGCUGGCGAGUCUGAAUCUGAACGAAAGAAACGUGUUGUUGUUUCAUAUAAUGGUGAUGAUCCAGACGAAAAAAUUACUUCCAUUCGACUAGAUGACCAUUGA